UUCAGCCCUAUGACUGAGUGGUUGGUUUUAGAAGUCCUGUCUUAGCCUUGCUUUUAUCUAAGCGGAUAUGCGUCCUCCGUGUUAGACGGUCUUUAAGUCCAAAUAUAUUUUUACCCCCGGAACGAUUAGGUUUUUUUUCACACGAUACGAUUAAAUAAAUAGAAGACACGAUGUGCAGAAAAGGGGCGUCGAGGAAAGAGGAACGAUGAAGAAGACUGGAAAGGGGAAGUCGAAUGAAAGUGACAUUGCUGCAGAAAGGCUCGCAGAUUACAAAGGCUCAGGUAAUUUUUUUAGCUCGCAGAGUCACCACGAAGAUCACCAGGAUGUUGGUAUGAAUUCCACCCCAGAAAUGCCAGAAGUCGGCGACCAAGCCUGCUCUGUGAGCAUCCUGAAAGAGUCCAGAGAGAGCAUGAAAGAGAAGAAGUUGUCGUCGACCUCCCUCAGCGGAGGCGACGGGGUUAAACCGAAGGUAGUUACAGUCAAGCACCCGGAGUCGAACAAACCGAAGCCGACUGUCAAGAAAAACAAGCCUAUACAGGCGGAUUUGGACAUAGCGAAAGAGUUCAUUCGUUGCAAGGACGAUGGUGGUACGAGGCUGGAUUUGAGCAAGUCUAGUAUAACCAAUUUGCCACAGACGGUUAGGGACCUUACUCAUCUUGUGGAGUUCUAUCUCUACGGGAACAAACUGGCAAGCCUUCCGAAUGAAAUUGGCUGCUUGGUGAACUUGCAGGUUUUGGCAUUAAGCGAGAACUCCCUCACCAGUCUCCCCGAAUCUCUUGUAUCUUUGAAGCAGUUGAAAGUUCUCGAUUUGAGGCAUAACAAGCUGAAUGAGAUACCCGACGUAGUGUACAGGCUCACUUCUCUCACCACUCUUUUCCUUCGUUUCAACAGGAUCAAAGUAGUCGGCGAGGAAAUCAGGAAUUUGACCAAUCUGACGAUGCUCAGCCUGAGAGAGAAUAAAAUAAAGGAGUUACCUCCUGGGAUUGGCAAACUGGUAAAUCUCUUGACCUUUGACGUCUCGCAUAACCAUUUGGAACAUUUACCUGAGGAAAUUGGACAGUGUAUUAAUUUAUCCACGCUAGAUUUACAGCACAAUGAAUUGUUGGAUAUUCCAGAAUCUAUUGGAAACUUGACUGCUUUAAUGAGAUUGGGCCUGAGAUACAAUAGGCUCAACUCUAUUCCAAAAUCUCUUAGCAAUUGUAAACAUAUGGAUGAAUUCAAUGUCGAAGGAAACGUCUUAUCUCAACUUCCUGAUGGUCUUUUGUCUAGCCUUUUGGAAUUAACGAGUAUUACGCUUUCUAGGAAUAAUUUUUCAUCUUAUCCCAGUGGAGGACCUCACCAGUUCAUGACCGUCUACUCUCUCAACAUGGAGCAUAACGAAAUUGACAAAAUACCAUAUGGCAUAUUUUCCAGGGCAAAAAAUCUGACAAAACUGAAUAUGAAGGAGAACAUAUUGACCUCGCUUCCAUUAGACUUAGGCACUUGGCAAAAUAUGGUCGAAUUGAAUUUAGGCACAAACCAAUUGACAAAAAUACCAGAUGACAUCCAGCAGUUGGUGAAUCUCGAAGUACUGAUAUUAUCGAACAACCUUCUAAGAAGGAUUCCAGGAACGAUAGUCAGCCUGAAAAAGCUCAGACUUCUGGACUUAGAAGAGAACAAAAUAGACCAACUUCCGAUGGAGAUAGGCUAUUUGCGUGAUCUCCAGAAGCUGAUCCUACAGUCGAAUCAGCUGCAGACCCUCCCUAGGGCCAUCGGCCAUCUGUCCAACCUCACAUACCUCGGCGUCGGUGAAAACAAUUUAAUCCAUCUUCCACAAGAGAUUGGGACUUUAGAAAAUUUGGAAUCACUGUAUAUUAACGAUAAUCAGAAUCUCCACAAUCUUCCUUUUGAACUUGCCCUCUGUUCCAAUUUGCAGAUCAUGAGCAUCGACAAUUGCCCUCUUUCACAGAUUCCGCCUGAUAUUGUGACAAACGGACCGUCCUUCGUCAUUAAAUAUCUUAAAAUGCAAGGUCCUUAUCGAACAAUGUGAAAAUAUUUACUGAUAUAUUUGUACAGAGGGCUUUAAACAUGCAACAGUUACGUUGCUUUAUUUUUCUUCUUUAUUGCAAAAAUAAAAUAAGAGAAAUAACAUUUUCUCAAUUAUUGUAUGUGCCAUAAUUUAUAUGAUAUAAUAUUAUAAUAUGUAUUUAGUAAACAACAAGAUAAUAAGCAAAUAAAAGGACAUCAAAUCGGUUUUAUUGUUAUUGUACUCGAGCUACAAAAUGAAAUCUUGGAAAAGAACAAAAGGAUGGAAACUUUGUUAUAACAAGAUCGUCUGCGCAAAAUAGUGACUGAAAAGCACUUAUGCUUGUCUUCGCAGUUGAAUUUAAUCGCUUGUUUUGCCUGGUUCUUUAUUGUAUAAAUAUAAACUUAUAUAAAAUCUGCAUGACUACAGAGAUCAUUAUUAGAGAAAAAGAAGAAGAAAAAACAAUAUUAAACAUAUAAAUAGGGGAAAAAAAGAACAGGUUUUAUCAUUCGAUUGGACAACAUUGGGCAAAAAUUUAAAGCAUAAAUUAUGAAAGUUGGAUGACAAUUUCUGCUUAUUUCUUCUCAUCGAGUUUUUUCAUGAUUGUCACAGCUUUUUGGAAAUUGACUUGGGUGGAUUUAGAUUUGAGGACGAACUUACAUCAUGCUGUCUCCUAUCACAAUCAUUGGAGUGUUUUGAAGUUGGCCUUCAUAUUUUUGCUGAAACAAAAGGAGUAAUGAGAUGUCUGCCACAAAUACCAAUUAGAAUGAGGUAGGAUUUUAGAGGUUGUAAAAAGAAAAGGGGGGAAGCUAUGUUAAUUGUCUGCAGUUUUUAAAAACAAUAGUAGAUUCUAUUGUUGGGAUAUUUUGGAGUAGCAAUUUAUUUUUUUAUGAAUGUUGACUCAUCCAAAAAAGAUGAUUAUUAAAUAGAAGUGUUAAUGAAUAAGAAUAUAUUUAAAAAAAAAGGUUAAAAAUUAAAAUACCAAUUGUUGUUAGUUUUCUACUUGGCAUGAAAAUGAUAUACCUGAAACAGUGUUAAAAAUUGUUAUUUAAAAAAGAAAUGAGAAAGAGUAUUUUAGGUAUAAUAAGUUGUAAAUUGUGCAGGCCUAAUGGCGUUUGUUGGCUCAAAAUUGCUAAUUGCUGUUUAUUGUGAUUAGUGUAAAUCCAAAUCUAUUUAAUUAAUGUUAAAAUAAAAUUGAAAUGAAUUAUUGCAUUUACAAGACCUUUCAGUAUUUAAAAAUUGAAAAAAAAAUUGCAUUUCUUGUAGUGCAAGUGGAUACCUAGGUACCAGAACCUGCCAGGAAACUGUAAUGGUUUGUAUGGAAUCAAUCUUCAUUAUUUAAAAAAAAAAAAAAAAAAAAAAAAAUGGUUCCAUUAAAGAUUUGCAUUGGCAUGCAAAUAUACAACGCAGUUGAAAGUAAACUUAUACGGUAGUCGGUUCGAUUUUUUUGAAAAUGUAUUAAUUCAUUGUAAAUUAAUCCCUUAACUGUGUUCUGUAAUGAUAGAAAUUGUCCAUUAAAUAUUGCUAGAAAUACACUUGUAUAUGUAAAAGCCAGAUUUCUCAUAUAUAUUACAAACAAAACCCCCCAAAAAAAGAAAAAAGUUUUUUUGGAUAUAAAAUGUGCGUAUAAUAGGUAUAAUAUAUGUAUUAAAUGUUGUAACAGCACAUUCAUAGUUUUGUGAUCAAAGAUUAGGGUUUUAUCUCGGUACAAGUUGAGGAAAUUUGUCCAUAAAUGCAUGUAUGCAAACUUUCAAGGGCCAUAAAUGUCAAAACAGCGAAUAAAAUAUAUAACGAUAAUAGUUGUAGUUGUCUGGAAGUACUCGUAAGUCAACGAUUGUAGGAUUAGAGUAUGGUUUUUUCAGAAAUUUAUUUUCUAUUGGACAUUAAAAAAGAAAAUCUGUAAUAUUCUAUGUAGAGUAAAAUGUUGAAUCAUUAUAAAAAAAUGUUAAUUUUGUCUUGUUUUCUUUAUGGUGGUUAUUACUUAAAAAAUGAUUAUAUACAUAUAUAUUCAAUGUAUUACCGUUGUUGAAAAUAUAAAUGAGCUACAUUUUCAAAGCAGUGGUUUCAGUAUUUGUGGUAGGAAAGAAUUUUGUUUGGUGUUUGGACUUGAUAGUUUGUAUGUUGUCUUCAUGCAUACUUAUACGUUUAAUAAGAAUUUUCUUAUUUAAAAACUCGUCUUCAUCUAAUAUGGAUGUUUUGGUGUAUUUCAAUGUCUGUUGUUCGAUGUUCUACAUUGAAGUGUUAUCACUGAAAGAAACCUCUAGGUUAUAUUUUUCUCAAGUUGUGUUGUUUUCUGAUUGGACAUCUAGAUUUUAUACAUUGGGACAAUAUUCAGAUGUACUGUUGUUAGAAUAGAGAUUUUUUGGUCUGUUGAUUAAAGGAACAGUUACACCAGACACACAAAUUAAUUUGGCUUACUAUUCUUGCCUUCUAACAUACACAUAU